ACCAUUGAAUAUGGAACCACAUUUUCAUUCUGUUGGUCCGGGGGAAGUAAAUUGCUGCUGUACCACUACAGCCACAUUGAGGUCAAAUUAUUCAAAUGAUGUUUAAAAAUGUCUAGUUUUUCGAGAUCAGCCCAGCAAUGGGCGAGCUUCGCAAGAUCCUGGCUCCUGAUAGACGCUCGGAUGCAGCCUCCAGGAAAGAUCGCCUCUGUGUGCUCCGUGCGGCUUCAGGGGAAACAUAAACCCAUUUACCAUCCACUGAGUGAUAUUGGAGAUCAUGUGGUGGUCAUGAACACCAGACACAUCGCCUUCUCUGGAAAUAAAUGGGAACAGAAAGUGUAUUCGUCUCACACUGGCUACCCUGGAUCAUUCAAACAGCUCACCGCAGCCCAAAUGCACAAGAAGGACCCAACAGCCAUCAUUAAACUGGCUGUGUACGGGAUGCUUCCAAAAAACCUCACCAGAAGGACCAUGAUGCAACGGCUUCACCUCUUCCCAGAUGAUCUCCUUCCGGAUGAUAUUCUGAGGAACCUGACAGAGGAGCUUCCUCAACCCAGAGAGAUUCCUCGUAAGCUCAGCGAGUACACGCAGGAGGAGCGGGACGCUUUCCCCAGGCUCUGGACCCCAGCGUAGCUGAGGAUGGUCUGCUGACGGGAGAGAGAGGGCAGUAAAGAACUGAUGUUUAAUAAUCCAUCUGUGAAGCUGCACCUUUCUGGAUGGCUGCUUUGCUGGUCCCCACACUGCAGACAUCCAAUCAGAUUUAUGAGAGCUGAGUCACUGGCUCGGAGGCCGGCCAAUCAUACGCUGCCUGUGAGGUCACGGCGGAAAACUUUUUGCACACUAAUUUUUCAGUUGCUUAGCUACUUUUCUGAUAAUAGUGUGGACUGGCAGUUUAUUUAUUUAUGUAUUUUAAAUUACCACAGCCCAAUCCACACUGUUAAAGUUCAUCUUUAUUGACACCAGUAUUAUUCUGGAUAUCUAUUAUAAGGAAAUAUGAUUAAAACUUAAUUAUAUAUUCAUUACCAUUCAAAAGUUUGGGUUCCGUACAAUUAUUUACAAGAAAUUAAUUAUUUUAUUCAGCAAGGAUGCAUUGUAUUCUUCAGUACAGUGACAUUAAAGACAUUUAUGGUACAAAAGGUUUCUAGAACAAAUUUAGGGUUGUUCAUUUGAUUCGUCAAAGAAUCACCCAAUUGUGAAGUGGUGUUAUGUUUUCAAUAUUGAA